ACUGGGUGGGUUCACCGUAAGCACGUUGGUACUGAAUGAGCUCCAGUGUUAGGCUUGGGUUAACAAGUUUCCCUGGACCAUCAUGGGUGUAGGAGUGAGUGGUUAGUUUGACACAUCAAUACAAAGUUGCAGCUCGGGAUCUGACGCUUUUGGCAAAUGUAGGGACGCGAGAAGUUUCCCCAUUUUUUCGUCUCUGAGCGACUCCACAGCCAGUCAAGUGUACAUCGGAGAGCCAGACACAACAGUAAAGAUGAACAGCCUGUCUUUUGACGAUCCUUCGUUGGAUAAUCUGGAUCCAACGCUGUCGCUAAAUGACCCCAGCGAGAUUGACACGGCCCUCUUAAGCGACAUUGAUGACAUGCUACAGCUCAUCAGCAACCAGGACAUGGAGUUUGGAGGACUGUUCGAUAACCCUCCAUACACAGGGCCUCCUCCCACCCAGGAGCCUCCUGGUUUGUCCCAGUCCAUCACCACACCUCCAACUCCAGCUCCAACCACCACCACCACACCUCCACCUUCGUCGUCCUCUUCCAUCCUAAGCAGUAGCCCACACCUGGAUGCACUCCUGGGCCCUCCCAUCACCCGUAGCUCCUCCACCCCAGACAAGGCCUUCCAGCCUCCCACCUUCCAGAAGUCCCCCCUGGCCCAGGUUCCCAGCUCCACGCCGAGGCAGCAGCCAGCCUCCCCGCCGCAGGCUCAGACCCUCAGACAGCCCCAGGUGGAGCAGCCCCAACCCAUUCUCAGCCCGCUUGCCCCGGCCCGGACAGCUUCGCCUCAUGGCUCACCAGCACCAAACCCACCUUUCAGCUCCACGGCCCAGGUCCUCUUCACCUCGCCUGCGCCCCAGACUCCGCCUCAACCCCAGACUCAGGCACCACUUCAGGCCCAGGUGCAGUCUCAACAGGUCCGGGCCACCUACAGCAACCAGAACAGCUACACAACUGUCAGUCCCAGCAGCGUGAGCCAACCCACCGCCACCAUCUUGUCGUCCUCACCUCCAAGUGUUCAGCCAGUGACCAUCCAGGCUCAGCUCCAAGGGCUGACCACCACGUCUCCUCUCCUGGCCACGUCGGCGAGUCCCCCGGUUCAAAGCAUUGCACCCCACGUGCAGCAUGUACCCUUGUUGCUGCAGCCCCAGUUCAUCAAGGCGGAGUCUCUGUUGCUGACCACUCUGAAGCACGACCCCUGCAUUGUCACUACCAUGUCCUCCGCAUCCCUGACCACCACCACCCCAAUACAGAGCGCUUCACUGCAGGCCUUUAUGGGCGGUGGCACCAUCCUGACCGCGAUGCCGCUCAUGAUGGACACCGAUAAGCUGCCUAUCAACCGCAUCACCAUCAGCGGUAAGCCGUUCGGCCAGCCGCACAAGGGAGAGAAGCGCACGGCCCACAACGCCAUCGAGAAGCGCUACCGCUCCUCGAUUAAUGACAAAAUCCUGGAGCUCAAAGAUAUGGUGGCUGGUACUGAGGCCAAGCUCAACAAGUCUGCAGUGCUGAGGAAAACCCUCGACUACAUCCGUUACCUGCAGCAGUCCAACCACAAACUCAAACAGGAGAACAUGGCUUUUAAGAUGGCAGCCCAGAAAAACAAGUCUCUCAAGGACCUGGUUGCCAUGGAUGUGGAUGCGCCGGCUGAUGUGAAGAAUGAGCUGCCGACCCCGCCGGCUUCAGACGUGGGCUCCCCCACCUCCUUCUCCCACUGUGGCAGUGACUCAGAGCCUGACAGUCCAAUGGGGGAGGACACUAAGCAGCCGAGCGUGGGCGUGCUAGACGGACCGGCAGCAGGAGACAGUGCUGCCGGCAUGUUGGACCGCUCCCGCAUGGCUUUGUGCACCAUCACCUUCCUCUUCCUCUCCCUCAACCCUCUGGCCGCCCUGCUCUGCUCAUCCGGCAGCAGUUCAGCUGGAAGAGCAGCAGCAGCAGCAGCAGCCACCGCCCCCCAUCACGCAGGACGGAGCGUCCUGGGUGUGGAUAUCGCAGCGGACUCGUGGGGCUGGAUGGACUGGAUGCUGCCAACUAUACUGGUGUGGCUACUGAACGGUAUUCUGGUGUCAGGGGUUCUGAUCCGACUGUUGGUGUAUGGAGAGCCUGUAACCAGACCACACUCUGGUUCUUCUGUCUUGUUCUGGAGGCACCGCAAGCAGGCUGAUCUGGACCUAGCUAGAGGAGAUUUUGCCCAGGCCAGUCAGAACCUGUGGACCUGUCUGAAGGCUCUUGGUCGUCCCUUACCCAUCUCCCAGUUGGACCUGGGCUGUGCUGCACUCUGGUCCCUGCUACGGUUCUGCCUCCAGCGCCUCUGGGUCGGCCGCUGGCUGGCUGCCAGGGCUGGAGGGCUGCGAUCGGACCGCCCCCUGAAGGAGGACGCCUGCAAAAGCAGCCGUGACGCCGCCCUGGUUUACCACCGGCUGCACCAGCUACACAUGACGGGUAAGCUGAAUGGUAGCCACCUGUCAGCAGUGCACAUGGCUCUAAGUGCGGUGAACCUGGCGGAGUGUGCUGGCUCCUGUCUGCCUGUAGCCAGUCUGGCUGAGGUCUACGUCUCUGCAGCUCUCCGGGUCAAAGCCAGCAUGCCCAGGAUCCUUCAUUUCACCUCCCGAGUGUUCCUGAGCAGCGCCCGCCAGGCGUGCCUGUCUUCCAGUGGCAGUGUGCCUCCAGCUAUGCAGUGGCUGUGUCACCCACUAGGUCACCGCUUCUUCGUGGAUGGGGAUUGGGCUAUUCGCAGCACUCCUAAAGAAAGCAUCUACAGCCAGGCUGGCAAUACUGUGGACCCUCUGGCCCAGGUGACUCAGGCAUUCAGGGAGCAUCUCCUGGAGAAGGCUCUGUACUGUGUGGCCCAGCCUCACGAAGAGAAAAGCCCCCGCCAGGGAGAGGGGGAGUAUGCUGAUGCCCUGGAGUACCUCCAGCUGUUGAUUAGUGCGUCAGAUGCAGCUGGUGCCACCUCCCAGUCCUUUGCUAUUGGCUCCAACAUGGCCACCGUGACCGGCUGUGACCCUCACUCCAAGUGGUGGUCCUCCGUCACUGUGGUGAUCAUCAACUGGCUCCAAGGAGAUGACGCCGCGGCCGAGAGACUGUAUCCGACUGUCGAGCACCUGCCCCGCAGUCUGCAGACCGCAGAGAGUCUUCUGCCCAAGACGUGUCUGAACACAUUCAGGGCUGUGCGAGCUCUGCUGUCCAAGCCAGAAAACUGCCAGCUGAGUCUGAGUUACAGCGACAAGGCCAGCGCCCUGCUCCGAGACAGCCUCAACCUAGGACCACACUGCCACAGCUCCGGUUUAGACAAGGUUGUCCAGUUGCUCUUGUGUGAUCUCCUGUUGGUGAUGAGAACCAAUGUGUGGCGCCUGCAGCAGCAGGGGGCCGGUCCUGCUGGGUCAGGGUCGGUGGGUACCAGCGGCCCGGUGGGGGUCCACCAGGCGUCCCCACCGGAGCUCCAAGGCUUUCAGCAAGACCUCAGUUCCCUACGCAAGCUGGCACAUAGCUUCAGGCCUGCGAUGCGAAGGUUGUUCCUUCAUGAAGCUACAGCCAGGCUGAUGGCGGGAGCCAGUCCCACCCGCACGCAUCAGCUCCUGGAUCGCUCGCUGCGACGCAGGGCAACGCCCGGAGCCAAGACAGAGGAGUGCGAGACGCGGCCCGGCCAGCGGGAGCAGGCAGAGGCCGUGAUGUUGGCGUGCCGCUACCUUCCCCCCUCCUUUCUGUCGGCUCCCGGCCAAAGGGUGGGCAUGCUGGCGGACGCAGCCCGCACCCUGGAGAAGCUGGGAGACAAGAGGACCCUCCACGACUGCCAGCAAAUGAUCAUCAAGCUGGGCAGCGGCACCACCGUCACCAACAGCUAGAUGGAAGGAAGGAAGGUGGGGAGGGGUGCUGAGAGACGUGCAUUGACACUGUAUAUAAAAACAUCUCUGAAAUACAAAAACACACAGACAAGAAAUCCCCACAGAGACACUGCCAGACAGUCUCUGGCUUUCUGGCGUGCAGCUAUUGAGCAAAUUUAUUAAACUAUCCAGAUUCAUAUCAAACUGAAAGAAUUUUCUUUUUGGACUGCCCCUCAUCAGGAAGCACUUGUUGAGUUCACAUUCUUGUUGCAAUGGAUUAUCACAAGAAUAAAGGAAGUGUACUUAGCGAAUCCCCUUGUGAGACUGUGUUGCAGUGCCACAGUUUGACCACAGAGAGGAGCCAUCA